AUGCCCCGCAACUCACUCUUGACCGUCGGUGUCUCCAAGUACAGCCGUUCGCAGGUCAUUGCUAAGCGUGCUUUGUACAAGCGCAAGCCCGCUGGCACUGUUGCUGCUGCCCCCAAGGUCGCCAACAAGACUGUUGAGGUCAAGGGCGGCAAGAAUGGUGGCUCUCGUGUCAUUGCUGUCUCCAAGGCUCCUCGCUUUUAUUCUGCUGAGGACGUCGCUGUCCCCAAGAAGAACCGUAAGCACGCUGGCACUGCCAAACUUCGCAGCUCCAUUGUCCCCGGAACUGUCCUUAUUCUUUUGGCCGGUCGCUACCGCGGCAAGCGUGUCGUCUUUUUGAAACAGCUUGAAUCUGGCUUGUUGCUCGUCUCUGGUCCUUUUAAGGUCAAUGGCGUCCCUCUUAAGCGUGUCAACCAGGCCUACGUCAUUGCCACGUCUACUAAGGUUGACAUUGAUGCCUCCAAGAUCGAUGCUCAGUUGAAUGAUGCCUACUUUGCUCGCCCCAAGGCCGCUAAGAAGGCUGCCACUGAAGAGGCAUUCUUCGAGGGCCAGAAGAAGAAGGAGCCCCUUGCCGAGAACAAGGUUGCUCUCCAAAAGUCCACUGACAAGCUCAUCCUUGAGGCUGUCAACAAGGUCGAGCACCUUCGUCAGUACUUGACUGCUAAGUUCUCCCUCUCCAAGGGUCAAGCCCCCCAUGCCCUCAAGUUCUAA